AUGUUAAGCAUAACUAGAAACAAAAUCGUUGAAAACUUGAACAAGUCAAAUUCUAUUAUUAUUAAAAGUAACUUUAUAAUGUCAGAGUUGAAAUUUUGCUCAAAGUGUAAACAGUGCAUCAAAGAAAGUCAUUACUUAUUAGCUGAUUGUCAAUACUGGCAUGAAGAUUGUCUACGUUGUGUAUGCUGUGAUGCUAGAUUAGCUGAAUUAGAUAAAAUUUUCUACAUUAAAGCUAAGAUGUCAUUAUGUCGAAGAGAUUAUCUAAGAUUGUAUGGUAAAACAGGUGAAUGUUCUAUCUGUCAGAAACAAGUACAAUCAUAUGAAUUUGUUAUGAAGAUAAAAAAUAGUGUUUAUCAUUUAUCUUGUUUUUGUUGUCAAUAUUGUCAAAUGAGGUUCUGCAUUGGAGAUCGUUUUUAUCUACAUGAAAACAUUAUUUUGUGUGAACAUGAUUACAUGGAAUUAUUUCCACACAUUUCUACACGUGAUAUUGAUCUACCUCAUCCAGAAAAAAGAAAUAUUAUUUGUUAUAAAGCUACUGCUAACUCGUGUUUUUGUUCAAAUGAAAUACUUUCAAGACAAAAUUGCACUGAUGUUGGAGAUGAUGAAGAUUAUGAUGAUGAAAAUAACCAAAAAUACCAAAUGAAUCUCAACUAUUCACAAUGUAUUGCUUCAUAUAUUCAACUAUUUACAAAGUGUAAAACACGCAUUACUACUGAACAAAGUCCUUGUGACAAUAAAUUAAUGAGGAAUACAGAUAAUCGAUUAUGUUCUUUAUUAAAUCCAUUUGAUUUAAACUUUCAUGAUUCCACAACAAUAUCAGAUGACCGUUCAAGUGGUUAUGGUUCACCCAGUACACCGGGGAAUUGCUUCCAUGAUAAGAUUUGA